AUGACGGAGGAACUAUCCGAAGCAGCGGCUCGACACCUAAAGAUGUUCUUCGACGAAUUCACCAACGACUUUGAGCAAGAGUGUGGGCAUCCCAUCAGCUUACAUGGAAGUAUUCCUCUUCACCAGGGGUGGCAGGCACUGCGUACAGUCACGCUCACGUUGGAUAUCAGCUUCUUCAACGAGGCUCUCGCUGAGAUUGCGAUGAUUCCCGAGGCGGAGAAGGAUAAUUGGCGUCGUGAGGAAGCAUCAGAGGAUCUCAAGCUGCACGCCGGUACAGGUUGGAGAGACGAAAUCUCCGAAUGGCGCGCACUCCUCUUCCAUCCGUUCGAAAAGGUCACCUUAUUGAUCACCGAUGCGUCCAAGGAUGUCAACGACCUUACGAGCACCCAUAUCGAAAAGUAUCGCAGCGUCGUCGGCAUGCUCCGAGAUAGCCUGGACACCAUGGGCGAAAACUGCGGGCACGACUGGCUCAUGUUCCAAAACUCUCUAGACUGGGACGCCAUCUGUGAAGAAGAGCACGAAGCACCCGAUCGCUUUUUCAACAAGUAUGAUGAAUAUGACUCCACGCCAAAGCGGAAGUGGUACAAGACCGCAGAGCUCUUCCGUUUUGCGCGAGUGCAGCACGAGCGACUAAACGAUAGGGGAAUGAGGAAAUAUAUCGGGAAACAAGCUGCUCGCGACUACAUUAGAACGGGCCAACGUAUCCAGACCAAGCAGGUUUGCUUCGCUUGGAAUUUCCUGCCUAGCGGGAAGCCCACGCCGAAGAAACUUGUUGGUAAGAUGCACACCUAUACCGCCCAACACGCGGAGCAAAUGCGUAGAAAAGAUCAGCUCCGCGAGCUCAAGUAUGAAAAUAUGUGGCCACACAAGUAUGAAGUAGCCGCUGCGGACGGGCUGAUCGGCGAGAUGGGCAUUCGACAUCCCAAGCGCUGGGUCCUGGCGAGUGAGGAGUAUACUGAGUACUAUGGUUUCAUGGGACAGCUGAAAGAGGCGGAAGAUGUGGAGAGUAAAGGUAUUGGGAUGGCGCUGUGGAGGGCGAGGCCAAAAGCUGAGAAGGCAGGAGGGGAUGGAACGGCCGAGGAAGCUGCUGAGGUAGAGACUGAGCAGGAGAUUGACGAAGAUGUUCAGGAGGAAGUUAAGGAAGACGUUGUAAUCGAGGUCGAGGAGGAGAUGUGGGAAGAGUCUGAGUCAGAAACUGAGGAUGAGGAUGAGGGUUACAAUGGCGACGAUGACGAGGAUGAUGAAGAGAAUGACGAAGAAGAUGAGGAAAAGGUUGAGGAUCAGGUCGAGGUCAAGCUUGAGACCAAGGGUAAGAACCAGACUAGGAUAACCGAUUUCUGGAAAAAGGCGUAG